GAUAAAUUAACAAGCCAUGCUAACCAUGUGAAUUGCUUCCUUAAUGAAGAAAAAAACGUUCACCGGAAUGAUGAUCGAAGCUUGGAAAUUGGCGAUUGGAAAGAAAAUUAUACAAUUCCAGAUAUUGCAAUAAUGAAAG